GUUGGAGAAGCCACUUAUCUCUUCACCCUUUGAGUUCAACCCGACCCGCUGGCGGCGGCCAUGUUGGCCAGACUCCUCCUCUUCCUGCUCCUCUCAGUGAUGCUGGGUGAGGCUCAGUUUCCCUCUGGCCAACGGCUGAAGCCGCGCAUCCAGAGGGACAGACGCAACAUCCGUCCCAACAUCAUCCUGAUCCUGACAGACGACCAGGACGUGGAGCUCGGAUCCAUGCAGGCCAUGAACAAAACCCGCCGCAUCAUGGAGGAGGGCGGGACCUUCUUCUCCAACGCCUUCGUGACCACGCCCAUGUGCUGUCCGUCCCGUUCCAGCAUGCUCACUGGGAAGUAUGUCCACAACCACAAUACCUACACCAACAACGAGAACUGCUCCUCAUUGUCAUGGCAACGCCAGCACGAGCCGCGGACCUUCGGGGUCUUCCUCAACAACACGGGAUACAGAACAGUGCAGCAGAACCGAGCCCUCAGCUCUGGGCUGAGGGCUCGGUUCUGCUGGGGUGCUCGGUUCCGCCGGGGGGCUGCUCUGGGAACCCCGGCGACCCGGAGCAUAUCGUAUUUUCUCUCCUUCACCUGUCUGACCAGAACUCCCAGUUAUAACUAUGCUCCAAACAUGGACAAGCACUGGAUCAUGCGUUACACUGGCCCCAUGAAGCCCAUCCACAUGGAGUUCACCAACAUGCUGCAGAGGAAGCGGCUGCAGACGCUGCUGUCUGUAGACGACAGCAUGGAGAAGCUUUACGACAUGCUGGUGGAGACGGGUGAGCUGGAGAACACCUACAUCCUCUACACCUCAGACCACGGCUACCACAUCGGACAGUUCGGCCUAGUCAAAGGUAAAUCCAUGCCGUAUGAAUUCGACAUCAGGGUACCGUUUUACAUCAGAGGACCAAACGUGGAGCAAGGCAGCAUUAACGCUCACAUGGUUCUGAACAUCGAUCUGGCUCCAACCAUCCUGGACAUCGCCGGCAUCGACAUUCCUCCAGACAUGGACGGAAAGUCCAUCCUAUCCCUGCUGGACACCGACAAAUCAGCCAACAGGUGGAAACACCCAGAGGGGCUAUUCAGAGCCCACAGCAAUCUCAUUUUCUGCGCCUCAGGGUUUAAAACCAUGAAGAGCUACACAAGAAACCGCUACAGCCGCUCCUUGUCCAGCCUAAAUGGUUACCCUGGUAACCACAGCACGGUGGGCGGAGCCAAUCAGAGCGAGCCAGGUGACGAGUUCAGUGGACUGGGAGGAGUUCCUGACCCAGUGGUGCCGUCUGAUGCGGUGAAAGUGACUCACAGGUGCUCCAUCCUGUCCAACGCCUCCAUCAAGUGCGACACCGGAGUUUAUACAUCUCUGCAGGCGUGGAAGGACCACAAGCUGCACAUUGACCAUGAGAUCGAGACUCUGCAGACCAGGAUAAAGAACCUGAGAGAGGUCAGAGGUCACCUGAAGAAAUCCCGCCCCCUAGAGUGUGACUGCAACAAGUAUCUGUACAAGGCCAAGCUGAAGAAGAAGCUCCGCCUCAGAGGAGGUCUUCACCCCUUCAGGAAGGGCGGGGCCUGGAACAAGAAGAUCUGGAUCCAGAAGGAGCAGAAGAGGAGGAAGAAGAUGAGGAAGAUGAUCAAGAGGAUUAGAAACAACGACACGUGUUCGAUGCCCGGACUCACCUGCUUCACCCACGACAACCAGCACUGGCACACCGCCCCCUUCUGGACAUUGGGACCGUUCUGCGCCUGCACCAGCGCCAACAACAACACCUACUGGUGUCUGAGGACCAUCAACGAGACACACAACUUCCUGUUUUGUGAGUUUGCCACUGGAUUCCUGGAAUACUUCGAUCUAAACACCGACCCGUACCAGCUGAUAAACGCCAUCAGCUCGUUGGAUCGGACCGUUCUCAAUCAGCUGCACGUCCAGCUGAUGGAGCUCAGAGGCUGCAAGGGUCACAAGCAGUGCAACCCUCGCACACGCUCCGUGGAGCUGGCAGGAGGACGGACUGAUGGCGGCUUUGAUGACUACAGGCUGUUUGAGCGGAGGAGGUGGUCCAGAGUGAAGAAACCUUCAUCAUCCCGAACGCUAGGGCCGAUCUGGGACGGCUGGAAGGGAUAAGCUUCCUGAUUGGCUGACACUGGACCAGGCUCCGCCCACAGCAGCAUUCUGAAGGAGGGAGGUGUGGUCAUCGCCCCUACCCCAGCAAUCAGCCAAUCAGCUCCUGCAAUUCAUGUGACAUCACUGGGAGAGGCGCCAGGAGCGAACGCUUGAUGCACCUGUUCCUCCUCCUGCUCCACCUUCUCCUGCUCCUCCUCCUGCUCCUCCUCCUCCUGCUGCUCCCCCUGCCCUCCUUCAUGACUGUGUUUGUUUGUAGUCUAACUGUCUGUAAAGACGUUGAAGGACCAGCUGGUCUCUGACCUCGCCACCAACGCGGUCAUCUCACUUCCUCCUUUGAUGUUACUGCUGGUUGCCAUGGUGACCAAUACUAACAAUGUCAUCGACCAACGUCUGUUCCCCGACCCAAAGAGGAUGACAGUGACAACAGGAAGUCCCCAAUCAGGAACCGGACUUAAUGAUGAUGUCAUUUCUUCUUUGCUUUGAUUAUUGUUACCAUCCAAUCAUCGUCCUCCUCCUGGAGCCGAUGGAAGCGGCCAUGGUGGGGAGGAAAUCUGUUUCCAUGGAUUCACACAGGAAGUUCUGCCUCUAAUUCUGAAAAUAUUCCUAAUAAUCCAAGAACAAACAACCACACCCUAC